AUAUUUUAUUAAAAUGAUUAGCUUAUGGAAACAAUAAGACAUGCUAGUUGCAUAUCUUAUUUAAAAUGAAUAGUUAAUGCAAAAUAUGAUACACACUAAUAUUAGGUAUUUUCAUUAACAAUAUAUUUUAAUGGUAAAGUAUAGAAGAAAAUUCAAAAAAUUAAAUCACUAAGUUUGGUUAUUACUAGUCAUAUUUUCCAUUUGGUAAUUUAUAGAUUUUGGACUAACAUAUCAAGUUUAUAUAAAAGUAAAACAUAACCUCUAAAUUUAGGUCCCAAGUUAAUUGUUUUGGGGAAAAAAGGAAAAAAAUCUGUAAAUAUUGAACUUUGUUAAAAAAAAAUCUGUAAAUAUUGAUAAUGUGGAUGAAGCAUCUACAGCUUUUAAACCUGUUAGAUUAAAUUUUGACCAGUGACAUUCUAAGUAUCAACCUUUUCACAACUAAUGUUAAAGUUAAAAAGGGGGCAAUAGUAAUUAAUUUCUUCUAAAAAUAGUUAAUUUAGAUUAUUAAUUUCCACUUGGUAUAAUAUUGACUAGUGCUACAAAUAUCUCUCCACCAAGAUUAUCAUGAAAAACAUUCUCUCCAAGUUUCUUGCCCUCUAAAAGCAAAAGCUCAGUGAUAUCAGAAUCUCUUUUCUAUUCAAGAUCAAGGUUUGGUUCAAUGGAGAGGAGAAGAUCCAAACCGGUUCAGAAUUUGCCUGAGACAAUCCAUUCACUGAUCGGUUUGAAAUCUCAUUUGACUUCAUCAUGGGUUAAAUCUGUCAGCAACAUCGCCAAGAACGUCUCUUCUUCUUCUGAGAUUUCUUCAACGUCAAAGGACGAAGACGACUCUGCUUUCAUCAGAGUACAGAGCAUUAGAGAUCAACUCUCUACACUAACAGUUCAAGUAAAUGAUCAAAACAAACGAAGAAGACAGAUUCUGAACGAGUUUUUGGACCUUAAAGGAAAUAUUCGUGUGUUUUGUCGAGUCAAACCCUUAGACUCCAAGAACUUGAGAGCACCGGUUGCUUCGGACACAAGAAACGUUUUCAUCAAGUUAACAGAAAGCAAAAGGAAAACCUACAACUUUGACAGAGUUUUCCAACCUGAUUCAUCUCAAGAUGAUGUUUUCUUAGAGAUUGAACCGGUAAUCAAAUCGGUUAUCGAUGGCUACAACGCUUGCAUUUUUGCAUAUGGACAAACUGGUACUGGAAAAACUUUUACAAUGGAGGGUCUUCCAGAAUCACCAGGUAUCGUUCCUCGAGCAAUCAAGGGAUUGUUCAAACAAGUCGAGGAAAGCAAUCAUAAGUUUGUAAUCAAGUUUAGCAUGCUUGAGAUUUACAUGGGGAAUCUCAGAGACUUGCUUGUCUCUCAAGGAACUAAACCCAUUGGUCCCAUACCUCCAAGUCUUCUGAUUCACACAGACGCAAAGGGAGAGAUAGAUAUAGACAACUUAGUGACUCAUAAAGUGAAUGACUUUGAUGAAGUCUUCAAGUUUUACAAAUUAGGUUGUAGAAACAGAGCAACUGCCUUCACUAACUCUAACUCUGCAUCCAGCAGAUCACACUGUAUGAUCCGUGUAUCGAUUACUUGUGCUGGAGCUACUGAGAGACGGCGUGAAAGAAACAAGAUUUGGCUAGUUGAUCUUGGAGGAAGCGAGCGCGUGUUGAAAACUAAAGCAACUGGCCGCCGUUUUGAUGAAGGCAAAGCCAUUAAUCUCUCUUUAUCUGCUCUCGGAGAUGUCAUCAACUCUCUUCAACGCAAGAACGCUCACAUUCCUUACAGGAACAGCAAGCUCACACAAGUUCUGAAAGACUCUCUCGGGAAAGACUCUAAGACACUGAUGCUUGUUCAUAUCGGCCGGAAAGAAGAUGAUCUGUGUGAAAGCAUAUGCUCUUUAGAUUUCGCAACGAGGGCAAAGAACGUUCAUUUAGGUCAGGAGGAAUCAAAGGAAGAACAAGAGAAAAAGGAGGCUGUGAUGAUGAAUCUGCAGAAGACGAUGGAAACGAUCGAGAAAGAUCGCGAGACAAUGUUAAAAGAGAUCAGAUAUCUAAACGAGACAUUAGAGAAACUCUCUGGUAAGCCUCAUGUUACUGAAGAAGCAGAAGAAGUGGAUGAGAUAAGAGAAGAGAUUCAAGUUACUCCAAAAUUAAGGAGAAACAAAUCAAGACGUGCUUCAGAUGUUUUUUGUAGCUUCAUGAGACCAACAGCUAGCAGCAACCGAAGAUUAUCAGGUGCAGAUUUUAGCACAAUCUCCAAUAGUCCAGGUUCCAAGUCAAGAAGGAACUCAAUGGCCCAUGUCCGAUCUGAGUCUGUGUGUCUUCCUAUGACGAAGAACGUAUAUGAUUCUCUGUGUGACUCAUCAGAGAGGAGUGUUUCAAAGUCCACUUGCGCUAUGAGUCAGAAUAGAACAGAUGAUGCAGCAACAGUUUAUAGUCAGGACAUAUCUGAAUGUGAUAUCAAGUUGGUCGUGUCUGAGCACAAGACAGAAGUGCAACAGAAGGGGCAAGGAUCUGCGAGAAAAGCUUGUUCCAAGAUCGGUAUCUUUGAGAAAAAUGUCAACCAGAAAACAGAGUUUUCAAGAAUUAACAGUUGGCUUCGUUCGCAAUCCGAAAAUAGGAUUUGCGUGCUUGACAAGAAACCACGCAGACUAAACAAAAACAUAUCUUUGGGAAGGUCAUCUAACGGUAAUAAAACAUUGGGAGACAUAGAAGAGUCCAAAACAGAGGAAGCAGGGAUUAAACAUCCACUGAUGCUUAAAGAUCUGUCUGAGAUGGAGUAUAUGUGCUCUGCCGAAACAGAGGAUCAGAUACUGUCCAAAUACCCAAACCCUAGCGAGGAAGACAAUGCAUCUCUUCAUCAUCUUCCAAGUUUCCGAUACGAUGGACUUAGCCAACACAUCGACGAUGCAUGGUUUGGAGUCGCUCGAAGCGCGAAUAGGGAGGAGCAAGAUUCACAUGCCUCAGGCUUGCUAUUAGAACUCAAGCAGCCCUUACCGAAUUCUCAGAGAGGAUUGGCGUUUGUGGAGGAAGUAGUUCCACCAUUACUUAGGCCACAAGGAAUCUUUGUCGAGAGAGGAAGAGGCGCUCAUACGUUUAUGCAGAAACUUGAGGCAUUAUGCUACCGUACACUUGUUGGAGUAGGGCUUAUUGAUGUGAGCUAUGGUAGUGACUUCUUCAACGGGUUAACGCAGUAAAGUUAUGUGUAAUGAUUUGAAGACAUGUCUUUUUUUGGGGUAAUGGCAAAAGGUUUUUUUGUCUUCUUAGAGAAAAAGAUGGUCUCCUUGUACUAGAGUAAGUUUAUAUUUUAAAAAAAAAAACUAUUAUGGAAUCAAUUGAA